UGCACCGUACCCGCGGUCCCCUUCUGCAACCGGAGAGCCACUGGGAGCGGACAUGUUAGCCUGGUCCUAGCUGGGAUAAACAUUGCAUUUACCGGGUAGUUGGAUGCUUAGGGAAGGGGUCGGUUGGUAGGGCAAUUAUGGAUGCCGUAAACGCCUUUAACCAUGAGUUGUUCUCCUUGAUGGACAUGAAGCCUCCAAUAUCUCGGGCCAAGAUGAUAUCCAUCACCAAGUCAGCCAUUAAAGCUAUGAAGUUAUAUAAGCAUGUGGUCCAGAUUGUUGAGAAGUUCAUUAAAAAGUGCAAGCCGGAGUUCAAGGUGGCAGGGCUGUACGUUGUGGAUUCCAUCGUUCGACAGUCCCGUCACCAGUUUGGUGUGGACAAGGACGUGUUUGGACCGCGGUUCACCAAGAACAUCACAGGAACCUUUGAGAACCUUUGUCUCUGCCCUACGGAAGAACGGAGUAAGAUUGUGCGCGUGUUGAACCUGUGGCAGAAGAACGGUGUGUUUAAGAUCGAUGUCAUCCAGCCUCUACUUGACAUGGCCACGUCUGGAUCCAGCGGUGCUGCCGCAUUCGCAGAUGUGGACGAUCCAGACCCAGGUUCCCCCCCAUCACCAGUCAAAGAGGCGGUUACCGUAGUUACAGCUAACUCUGUUGUGGCCACGGUUCCUCAGCUGCAGAACUCAGAUGCCUUGGCUGCUGUUGCCCAGCUCAUCCAGUCUUCACAGGGACAACAGCUACAGCAGAUGCUCCAGACCUUCCAACAACAGCCAGGGAAGCCUCAGCCCCAUUCCUUCCCGGCUCUGCCUCAACCCCAUCUACAACCCUUCCCACCCCAGCCUCAUCUCCAACCUCAAUCCCAGCCUCAUCUCCAACCUCAUCUCCAACCUCAACCCCAGCCUCAUCUCCAACCUCAACCCCAGCCUCAUCUCCAAACUCAACCCCAGCCUCAUCUCCAACCCCAGCCUCAUCUCCAACCCCAGCCUCAUCUCCAACCCCAGCCUCAUCUCCAACCCCAGCCUCAUCUCCAACCCCAGCCUCAACCCCAACCUCAUCUCCAACAUCAACACCAACCCCAUCCUCAUCUCCAACCCCAACACCAGCCUCAACCUCAUCUCCAGGCCAAGCCUCCGCCCAGCCUCCUCUCCCAGCCCCAAGCCCUCACCCCUGGCCUGGGUAUAGCUGCUCAGCGCCUCCCCCUCCCCUCCAGCCAGUCCUCCCAGCAGAAGACAGCAUUUGACAAGGUGGCUACCCUAUUGGACCGGUUUGACUAUGAUGACGAACCAGAGGGAGCAGACGAAUCAAAAAAAGACGAGACCUCAUCAGCUCCAUCUGCUUUUACCCAGCAGCCCCCUGGCUUCCCACAAAACUUUCAACAACACAUGAUGGGUUUGACCCAAGACCCUACACAGCAGGUGUCUCUCCCCCCCAACGGCCAGCUCCAGGGUUUUGGGCUGGUAUCAGGCCAGGCUCUCCCUGGGAUGGUGACCCCUCUUGGGCAGCCCCAACUGGGCCAGCCCCUGCCUGGCACCGGUCCUCCAGGCUUUACGGGGGCGUUCAUGCAACACAGCGACACCUUUGGGCAACAUGUGGCACAGCAGCAACAGGAUGUGAACACGGACCUCGAACCCUCCGUGAAAGAUGGCCGACACCGACCAGACGACAAGCGCUCCCCUUCAGGGUCCAGGUCUCCCAAAAGAAGGCGUUCGCGGUCCAACUCGAGAACGCGCCGGUCGCGCCACCGGCGCUCUCGGUCAAGAGACCACCGCCGACACUCUCCCCGCUCACGGUCCCAGGAACGAAGGGAGAGGGAGAAGGAGCGGGAGAAAGAGCGGGAGAAGGAGAGGGAGAGACGGCAAAAAGGUCUACCACAGCCUAAGGCUGACACGCUGAGCGUGUGCAGCACCACUCUGUGGGUGGGUCAGUUGGACAAGAGGACCCAUCAGCAGGAUGUAGCCUGUCUACUAGAGGAGUUUGGACAGAUCGACUCCAUCAAUAUGAUCCCUCCUCGGGGCUGUGCCUACAUCGUCAUGGUCCACAGACAGGACGCCUUUCGGGCUCUGCAGAAACUCAGUCGAGGGUCCCACAAAGUCAACCAGAAAGCCAUCAAGAUUGCGUGGGCUCUGAAUAAAGGUAUCAAAACGGAGUUUAAGCAGUUCUGGGAUGUGGAGCUGGGCGUCACCUACAUCCCCUGGUCCAAGAUACGACCCGACCAAAUAGAGGAGGUCAGAGAGGGAGGCAUGCUGGACCCCGACACUCUGUCCCCAGAGUGGAAGGAUGUACAGAACAGCCAGGAGAAACAAGACGAUUUGAGCCAAAAUGGCCGCUCUGACUCAUUAGCUAUGAGAGAGGACACCCCUGUGACUUCUGUUCUGGGAAAGGUGGAGCCAAUGGCAGGGGUGGGGUCUCUCCAGCAGCCCCACUCCUUCCCCCUGGGGCAUGGCCCUCCCGGUGGCCCCCCCAUGGGCAUGCCUCCCCACUCCUUCCCCCCCGGCCCUCCUCCCCCAUUCAUGAGGCCCGGGUUUAACCCCAUGCAGAUACCACCAGGUUUCCCUCCACCCAGGUCGAUGCCUUUGGGCCCCCCCCGCACCCCCAACCUCAGCAGGCGUGGGUCUUGAUGAACUGUCCCUGGACCCUGCAG